AUGGAGGUCAGAAUCGUGUCCAGGGAGCUAGUGAAGCCAUCUUCCCCUGAAACCGUAAAAGCAAAACCUCCACACAAGCUCUGCCUCUUCGACCAGCUCUUCCCCUUAACCUACACACCACUCAUCCUCUUCUACGCCAACCCUGAAACCCCAAAUCUCCGAUCCACCGAUCGCUUCAUCGCCCACCUGAAGCGCUCUCUUGCCGAGACUCUGACCGUCUACUACCCUUUCUCCGGCAGGACGAAUUCGGGCAAUUUGCUCAUCGACAGGUUCGGGGAAGGCAUCCCGUUCAUCCAUGUCAAGGUCGAAAGCUGCCGCCUUUCCGAUUUCCUCAAACGCCGUGAACCGGAAAACCUCAACUGCCUCCUCCCUCGAGCUCCCUUCCGUCGAGAAAGCGUCGAAUUCGACUCCCCUGUUUUGGAGAUGCAGGUCUCUGUUUUCGCCUGCGGCGGAAUCGCCCUGGGAUGGGCCGCUUCACACAAAUUGAUCGACGGAUUCACUAUGAUAUCCUUCCUCAAGGCCUUCUCCGCCGUCUCCCGCGGCGGCCGGGAGAAGGCGGAGCUCCUCUCUGCCGCCCCGCCCUGUUUCGGCCGGGCGGCGGAGCUGUUCCCGCCAAGGGAGGCUUUCCCGGAAAAUUACCGCAAUCUGAUGGAAACCCUCUGGUUUAUAGAAGGAAACUACGUCACCCGGCGAUUCGUUUUCGAUUCCGAGUCGAUUUCCAAGCUGAGAGCCGAAGCAUCGGCGGCGGGGGGAAAAACAGAGCAAGAACAGGGGAAGAAAAAAAUCAAGCUGUCGAGAGUGGAGGCGGUGUCCUGCCUCAUAUGGAAAUCGAGCAUGGCGGCUGCCAGAUCAAUCUCCGGCGGCAAACCCAGGACCUCGAUUCUCGUCGAGGCGGUGAACCUGCGGGACGUGACGGACCCGCCGCUCGUCGGCGGCGACACGAUCGGGAACGUGUUCUGGCUGGCAACGGCGUGUGCGGACGAAUCGAGCGCCGUUGACCUGCCGGAGCUGGCGGAGAAUCUUAGGGGAGCGAUUGAGCUGUACAGGAGCGAGUACGUGAAAUCGCUUCAGGGGGAAGAAGGGUUUGAAGCUUUGUCCGGGUUCUUCGAGCAGCUGGAAGGGCUGUUCGAGGCGGAGACGCCGGACAUUCUGGCGUUCACGAGCUGGAACGGGUUCGGGGUUACGGGUCAGGAUUUCGGGUGGGGCGACCCGAAGUGGGUGGCGGUGAUGGGCCGGCCCAGCCCCGGGUUCAGGAAUUUGACGGUGCUGGUGGAUUCGGUGGACGGUGGGGGGAAGAUGGAGGCUUGGAUAACGCUGGAGGAACAGAGGAUGAAGGUUUUCGAGCGGGAUCCUGAGUUCUUGGCUUUUGCCAAUCCGAAUCCGAUCAUCUCAAGCCUGUGA